GCAGCGGGUUCUGUUUGCCUGUCUGCUGGAGAGCAGUAACUGUCAGGCCAUAACAUGCUGUAGAUGCGACUGCCUCUGGGGACUGGUGCUCCGGGUUCCUGACUGGCUGGGUGUUUAAAAUCUUGGCUGAAUCAUUCCAUGAGCUGCAGCUGUGGACAUUCACCAGGAGUAAACAGGGCCGUGUGGGAAGGAAAACUAGGGAAAGCUGUAAACACUAGUAACCAGGAGACCUUUCAGGACGAGCCGAGUGAGGGGAAAAGGCAAUUAUUGGGCUAAACACCUAGGGACAAGCCCUCCCACUCCGGGCUGGUGUCCUGGGGGCGGGAAUGAGCGGUUUGCUUUGAAUGGCUUUUUAUACUUUGCACUCACUGUACUGCGUGACUUUCCAUGGAGUGUCUGUGCUUCACCAUCACUAAUUCAUUAGCCCUAACGACCCCGCUGCAAGGCCGAGGAGGGGGUGGCUAGGAUGGGGCUCCCGACCCUAGCCCUGGCCACCCUGCUGGGGCUGGUGGCGGCCACGCUGGCAGAAGUGGCCGAGAACAAGACCCGGCUCUGCCAGCCGGCUCCACUGUGGGAGAUCAACGGGACGGCCCCGAUGGCAGGGGCGCUGGGGCAGGUGACGGUGGUGGCCCUGCUGAAGGCCAGCUGACAGUUCUGCCUGAAGCAAGCCAACAGUCUCGGGGGCUUGCGUGAGAAGCUGUCCCAGGACGGGCUGGCCAACAUCAGCUACAUGAUCGUGAACGAGAAGGCGCCGCUCUCCAGGGCCAUGUUCUGGGAGCUGAAGCGCCUGGCCCCAGAGGGGGUCCCCGUUUACCAGCAGGAGAUCUUGGAGCCGGACGUCUGGCAGAUCCUAGACGGGGACAAGGACGACUUCUUCAUCUACGACCGGUGCGGCCGGCUGGCUUUCCACAUCCCGUUACCCUACAGCUUCCUGCACUUCCGCUACGUGGAGUCGGCCGUGCGCUUCACCUACGCCAAGGACGUCUGCGGCACCUGCUCCCUCUCCUCCAACAGCACCCAGGAGGCAAAUGGCACAGCAGAGGGACCCAAGAGUCUCAGCCAGCCUCCUGAGCUGGAAGAGAAGGAACAGGAGCCGUCCCCCCACGAGAGCAAAGCCCACCGCCCUCACCACCACAGAGCCGGCAGCAACAGCGAUCCCCAGGCCUCCUCCCCCACCCACAGCCACCACCAAGACCCCCGCCGGGGGCAGCAGCCGGAGGUGCCAGCGCCCAAGGAGGAGAAGGAAGGGGAUGUGGCAUAAAGGGGGUGCCCCGGUGGGCUCACUGGGGUGAUCCCCGUGCUGUGGAAAUGCCACGAGCUCACCGCAUGGCAGGAUGGCCAGGUUCAUUCACCAGUGUGGGACUCGGUCUCCCACGCACAGAUACCCCUGCCUGCACAGCGCUCCCCGGUGGUGGUGAAUGGCAUAGCGCUGCCCAAACGAAACCUCGAACGCAGCACAAGCCCCUUUGGCACCAGAUACGGCCCCGCUAGGCCCCCCACCCCCAAGGCCCAUCCGCGCCUUUCCGCGUCCUUCCCUCUGCAUCGCAGCUGCCCGCGGGGAAUAUCCCCCGCCCCCAACACACAGGGGCACCGCAGUCUCCCACCUUGGGGCCGAUUCUGACCCCUUCCUCCACAGAUCCUGCUUGUCCGCGCUCAAUGAAGCCCGUGGUGCAAACCGGGCUCCCCCGGUCACCACGGGCUGACGCUGCGCAGAAAAGCAUGUCAGGGGAGUGGGAGUCAGAACCGUCCUCUGCCAGGGGGCAAGGGGCUGAGGGCAAAGUGCUGAGGGUGGUAGGGCUCUGGUCCUAUAACCCCGAGCCCCAGUCCCGUCCCCGCACCUGGAUGCUGCUACCCACACUGCUCCUGAGAAGGCAGCCACUGGGGGACGGCAUGGGGCCGGGGGAAGGUUUGCUGUGACGUGGUGAAUGGGGCAGGAGGGUGGGAUGGGACAGUGGGCCGUACCUGCCAGCCCUCCCUGCCCCUUCCCAAAGCUCUCCCAGCCCCAUACAUCUGCUGUCCCUAUGUUUCUCUCCACAAGUCCCAGCCCUCCAGCUUUGGCCCUUGCCUCUCACAAACCCAUCAGCCAGGGUAGCAUCCAGGGGCUGCUACAUGGGGGCAAUUCAUCAUUGGGGGCACAGCUCAUCAUGGGGGCACAGCUCAGCUCCUCGAGCCAGGGGAGUCGACCCCCAGGGUCGAAGGGGUGUGAUGGGGCAGCUGGGGACGGGGGAAAGAGCUGUCAUGCAGAACAGCCGUGCAAAUAAACCUCUCUGGCGUGAACCGGGCCCAGCCCUGCUUUCCACGGCACCUGCGCUGGGAAUUCCCAUUUCACAGGCUCCUUCGCCAGCAAGCGGGGCGAGGCCAGGGCUCCCCCAGCCCUGUGGGGUCGUGGGGAGGGCAGCAGUUAAGGACCCCCAGCAAGGAACCAGUUGAGCUCAGGAUCUUCUCCCCACUCCACGCUGUGUUUCUGGGGCCCAGCGUCACAGCACCCAAGCCAGGCGCUCCUGGGGGUGGGUAGGGGGUUGGGACAGGAGAGAGGCCAGCUGCAAUUGGCCAUCUCCCUCCAGGGCCAAGCACUCUCCACCCUGCUUCUGUAGCAAGUGGUGUCAAGGCCACAUCCUCUUCCCCUCUCUCCCCCAGGGUCGGGGGGAUGAGACGGCCUCCGUGCAGCCUGAUGCACCAAGAAUGCAGCUCCCUGGCUUUGCAAGCUGGACGGCUGCAAGAGGGGACGUUCUCCUGGGCUUCUGGUCAUACCCGGGCCCCUGCGGCAGCACCAGCUGAGGCUGGAGGGCAGCUCCCUGUGGAACCUGUCCUGUGUACGUGCCGAGAGGGGUCUGUACCAUAUAUGCUUGUGGUAGCUCCCCAGACCUGGGAGCAGCCGCUGGACCCCUGGGCGCGUCUGCUGCUUUGGGACCAAACAGGACUUGUUGGUCCAAAGCAGCCGCUGCCUGGCAGAGGGCGACUGAGGGAAGGAGGCCAAGGGAGUAUGGCUCAGAGACCAAGACAGGGAUCACUCACUAGGGAAGCAGGGGGAAGAAACACGAGGGCCAGAGAGCUGGGGUGGCUGGAAGACGAGGCAGGCUGGAGGCUGACAACUGCUUGGCUCACCCAAGGUGGCUCGCCUUUGUCUUGGCCUUAGCCCUCCUGAAAUUCACUCCAGAGCACGACCUGCCCUUGCAAGCCGAGAACAGUCACACACACCCACCCUUUGUGAGGGGAGCAACAUCAGGAAGUUGCAGGGGUGGGACUGGAAUCUCCCUGAGUCUGUCAGUGAAACCCCGACUCGCUGAGGGAGGGUUCAGCUGCAGGGAGGAAAGGGCUGUCCUGCCUCCCUUGUGUGGCGUUAGGCUUUACGGCGCUCCUGGAAAAUCAAACCACCGCCCUGCCGCAAUCCCCGUGGCCACUGGUUGCCCCUUGGGCACCGCCUCGCAGACAGAGGUUGCCCUGCCGCACCCUGACUUGCUGGCCACCCCGUCUCUUCAGAGGCCCUUGGAGAACUCCCAGUUCACACCAGAAUUUGAAGAGACCCCGGAAGGGAUCCCCUUUAUUUAGUCCUCCCAGCACACAGCCCCUCCGGCCCCCAACGCUAGUUCAGUGUCUCUCUCCCAGCAGCCAGCACAACGGCGUUGAGAACAAACAGACUCGUGUAGGCUUCACCCCAGCUGGCCACAACCCUCUCCUGCCUCAGGGCCCCUCAGUCGGGCUCUCCCAGCACACAUUUCUCCAGCUUCCUGCACCUUCCCCUCUGCAGGGGCUUUCUUGCUCUCUGCACCCAAACUGCUGUUUCCUGGGCCUCCCCUGUCAAGGUUCCUUCCCCACUCUAACCUCUAGGGUACAGAUGUGGGGACCUGCAUCAAAGACCCCCUAAGCUUAUUUUUACCAGCUUAGGUUAAAACUUCCCCAAGGUACAAACUAUUUUACCUUUUGCCCCUGGACUUUAUUGCUGUCACCACCAAGUGUCUAACAAAUAUAUAACCAGGAAAGAGCCUGCUUGGAAACAUCUUUCCCCCCAAAAUCCCCCCAAACCCUACACCCCCUUUCCUGGGUAAGGCUUGAUAAAAAUCCUCACCAAUUUACACAGGUGAACACAGACCCAAACUCUUGGAUCUUAAGAGCAAUGAAAAGCAAUCAGGUUCUUAAAAGAAGAAUUUUAAUAGAAGAAAAAGUAAAAGCAUCAGCUCUGUAAAAUCAGGACGGUAAAUACCUUACAGGGUAAUUAGAUUCAAAACAUAGAGAAUCCCUCUAGUCAAAACCUUAAGUUACAAAACAGGAAUAUCCAUUCCAUUCAGUACAGCUUAUUUUCUCAGCCAUUUAAAGAAAACUGAAUCUAACGCAUAUCUAGCUAGAUUACUUACUAAAUUCUAAGACUCCAUUCCUGUUCUGUUCCCAGCAAAAGAAUCACACAGACAGACACAGACCCUUUGUUUCUCCCCCACCUCCUGCUUUGAAAGUAUCUUGUCUCCUCAUUGGCCAUUUUGGUCAGGAACCAGCGAGGUUAUUUUAGCUUCUUAACCCUUUACAGGUGAAAGGGUUUUGCCUCUGGCCAGGAGGGAUUUUAAAGGUGUUUACCCUUCCCUUUAUAUUUAUGACAUCCCCUUUUCCUGCCACUUCCUGCUCUUUUUACCCUGGGAGCACCUAAUUCAACCCACAUGUAGCUCAUCCUCUAAUCAGGACUGGUUUAGCCCCAGGAUCUCCCUGCCAAUCCCUUCAAUCCCGACCCGCAGCCCCUCUGCUGUUCCAGUCCUGGGAUCUCCCCACAGCUCCGCCAGCCCCUUCAAUCCUGACCCGCAGCCCCUCUGCUGUUCCAGUCCCGGGAUCUCCCCACAGCUCCGCCAGUCCCUUCAAUCCUGACCUGCAGCCCCUCUUCCGUUCCAGUCCCGGGAUCUCCCCACAACUCUGCCAAUCCCUUCAAUCCCGACCCGCAGCCCCUCUGCUGUUCCAGUCCCGGGAUCUCCCCACAGCUCUGCCAAUCCUUUCAAUCACUACCCGCAGCCCCUCUGCUGUUCCAGUCCCGGGAUCUCCCCACAGCUCCGCCAGUCCCUUCAAUCCCAACCCACAGCCCCUCUGCUGUUCCAGUCCCAGGAUCUCCCCACAGCUCCGCCAAUCCCUUCAAUCCCGACCCGCAGUCCCUCUUCCGUUCCAGUCCCGGGAUCUCCCCACAGCUCCGCCAGUCCCUUCAAUCCCGACCCGCAGCCCCUCUGCUGUUCCAGUCCCGGGAUCUCCCCACAGCUCCGCCAGUCCCUUCAAUCCCGACCCGCAGCCCCUCUGCUGUUCCAGUCCUGGGAUCUCCCCACAGCUCCGCCAAUCCCUUCAAUCCCGACCCGCAGCCCCUCUGCUGUUCCAGUCCCGGGAUCUCCCCACAGCUCCGCCAGUCCCUUCAAUCCCGACCCGCUGCCCCUCUUCCGUUCCAGUCCUGGGAUCUCCCCACAGCUCUGCCAAUGUCUUUCAGUCCCAACCUGCCGCUCUCCUGCACCUCCAGUCUGGCUUCCCUUCCUGUUCAGUCCCAGGAAUGAGCUCACCAAACCCUUCCAGCCGUACUGACGCAUGCGCUAGUUUGUGAGGAGGAGGCAGCUCCAUUGUUUGUAUUUUUUACAUUGCUUAAGAGGCUUUCAGCUGCUUCUUAAAUCCGGGGCUGGGGAGGUGGGGAGAGAGGGGGAGUCAGGGUGACGAAUGGUUAGAGCAGGGGACUCCAAGCCAGGACUGUGGGCUUCUCUGCCCCACUGUCCGACUGAGUGGCUCGCUGACCUUGGGCAAGUCCCUUCACAGACUGACUAGCGAGUCACCCCAUUGUUUCUUGCGGGGCUAAUUGCUGAGUCAAAUCAACACAAAUAAAGGUGGCAGACUCUAGCCCUU